GUCCCUCACAGGGAGAAGAUGAUCUGCAGGAUCCUGCUGCUCAUCAUCCUCACAUCACAUGUCUGUGCAGCAACCAUUGUGAAGGUGACACAGAACUUCUAUCAGACAGAGGAGAACUACAACAUCACCCUGGAGUGGACCUUCACCCCCAAACAUGAACCCUCCUCUGGCUUCCUUGAUAUCUACUGUCACUUCAGAAAACAUCUGAAGAUCUUAGUUGUCUUUAAAAUGUCUGAUGGUGUUAAGAACUUGAAGCAUCAAGACGAACAGUUUGCAGGACGAGUCCAGAGCGACAAAGAUGCUCUGAGAGAGGGACGACUAAGACUCCUCAUCUCCAGACUCACGACUGAGGACUCAGGAUGGUACUGGUGUGAAGCGUUCACAAAGUCUGGAUGGGACUCUGCCAGCUGUCAACUCCACGUCUCUGCAACCAGAUCCUACGAUGGAGCAGGAGAUGGAGGAUUAAUUACAUUAGGAGCUGUUGCAGCAGCUGCACUUCUGAUUUAUUGUGUUACAGUUUUAGUGAAGAAAAGGAGAAGAAUAUGUGCUGUUCUGUCUCAGAGAAUCAACCAUCAAGGAGUCGUAUGCAGGUUUCUGAUGAAUCACAACUCGAUUACUUGAGUCACUUAACUGAGCGACUGCAGGACUUCUCCUUCAACCUCUGAUUGGAGGACAAGAAAACUAACAUAACAUAACAUAACAUAACAUAACAUAACAUAACAUAACAUAACAUAACAUAACACAUCACAUCACAUCACAUCACAUCACAUCACAUCACAUCACAUAACAUGCCAUAGUCCGGAAUUUGGGGGAAGACCCAAAUUCAGGAGAUCCAGAGUUAAAUAAUUAUUUGAUCAAUAACUACAACUGAUCAUUUGUAGAAUUAUUGAUCAAAUAAAACCUGCAGGUCUGUGACGGAUGUUACCUGCUCAUCUGGACAAACCUUUGAUCUCCUCAGCUCUGACUUCACUAAAGUAUUUAGCAACAUUAUUAUCAUGAUAUUUACUGAUUAACUUGGACGUUUACAAGCUUCCUGUUAGUCAUCACAACCAUCAUCAUCAUCAUCAUCAUCAUCAUCAUCAUCAUCAUCAUCAUCAUCAUCAUCAUCAUCAUCAUCC